CGCAGGUGCUAGAGCGCGAACCUGAGAAGUCGGUUCUCCGGGUCCCCUGGGCUGCCUGGUGAGUGGCGGACCCGGGGCGACUUCCCAGGCCCCCGCCGUGGAAGGGGCGAAGGACACUCCCCUCGCUGCCCGCUGCAAGAAUCCGGGCGGUUCCCGCACGCACUUCUGGAAAGGCAAGCCAGGGAGCGCGGCGGGCCGGGAAUACAGCCAGGUCCCGGGACCUGCCGGCUGCGGUAACUGAAGGGGGGAUCCCGGACGGGCGGGGGUACCAGGGACAGGAGUAGCCUUGGAAAGAGGAGGGGACCUCCUCCCACGACCGAGGUGAUCGCCGCCUCUCCGCCGCACCCCCGGGCCCUAUGCCGUGAGCAGGCCGGCGAGGCUGGCACGGCGCCCGGGCCCGGGGCGGAAAGCAGGAAGUCGACCCCGCGGGCGCGGCCCAGGGUGCGGCGCUGCAGGUGCGGCGCGGGGUGGCGGGGCGGGCGCCCAGUGCACCGGAGGAGGUGAGCGCCAGGUCGCCUUCGCGGCCCGGGGACGCAGGCCGGGGCGCCGGAGCUGACGGCUGGACCCGGCGAGGGAACAGUAUUUUCUGGAAAGGGUAAGAGAUGCUGCCUUGAGCCUUUGGAAGCUUGGAUCCGGGCCGCCCGGAGGGUCUUGAUAGGGGCACAGGGAAGACAGUCCGGGAGCGGCGACGUGGCCUCCGGCCUCUGGGAGCGCUGCGGAGGUCUCGGACUCGGGAGGGGGCCUGGGGGCGGUGAAAAUAGGGGAAAGGAGGGACCCCAACAUUGCUGUGGAAGAGAGAGUUCGGGCUGGCAGAGGGACGCGGGGCUGCAACGCGGGUCUCCAGAGGCGACGGGGUCCAGGCUGGUGGAGCGCGGCCCGGGUCCUGGAUCCGGGUUCCGGGACGUGGACCUGCGAGCCGAGCCGGCCCGAGCCGAGCCGAGUUGGGGGACCGAGGCUCCGGGGCAGGCCGAGCUGAGGGUGGGAGGGCGAGGGUGAUGGACCCCUUCCAGGAAGCGGGACGAGGCUCUAGCGCCCAGAAAAACCUUCGGUGGAUGCCGAGGUUCUCCCCGCCGGCAGCAGGCAGGCGGAGGGCAGGGACGGGGAUGGCGACUGGUGCGCGCCGCCUCGCCGGGGCUGUAGCUUUAAGGGCGGCGCGGGGCGUGCGGGACCUUUAAGGCCGGGCCGGGGGCGUGUCAGGAAGUGAGUCCUGGGCCCGCCUCUUGGGGAGGCGGCCUCGUCUGUCCGGAGGCUCCCCGGCUGAGCCGGAGACGGCGGCGCGACGUGGGCGCCGGCCCAGCCCCCUCCCGGGUCCUGCAGCCCCUCUGACCCCUCCCCAGCUCUCCCCGCAGCCGCGCCCGGCCUCCGGCUGCCCACUGCACGCCUCCCUCUCCCUGCCCGCCUCUCCCUUCCGCAGCAGCCCAUGCCGCCCUCUCUCCGCACCUCUUCACUCUCGGCCCCGCGCCCUUUUCCUGCACCUUCGCCCCGCGUUCCUCCUCCUGCCGCGUCCUGCCAUUCCCCUCUCCUCCCUUCUCUCUGCGACUCCUUCCUGUUAGGCCCCAGCCUCCUCUCCCCUCACAGGUCUUGGCCUCACCAUCUUAGCCUAUCCCUCCCCCUUGCCCUGUGUCUUGUCUCAGGAGCCUCCUCGGGGUGGGAGCAGGUUGCGGGGCGGCACAGCUGGGCUCACCCCAAAGCAGACGCUCUCUAUGCAUGAGGAUGCUGGGGAGACCUCUAGGCCAGCCCCCAUGUGACAAUUGAGGACUGCAGCUUGCAGAGAACACAAGUCAGCUCACUGCCCUGGACUCCAGGGAAUCAGCGUUCUGGCUGCGGGGUGACCCAACUCCUCUGCUACCAUGAACAGGGCCCCUCUGAAGCGGUCCAGGAUCCUGCACAUGGCGCUGACCGGGGCCUCAGACCCCUCUGGAGAGGCAGAGGCCAGCGGGGAGAAGCCCUUUUUGCUGCGGGCAUUGCAGAUCGCGCUGGUGGUCUCCCUCUACUGGGUCACCUCCAUCUCCAUGGUGUUCCUUAAUAAGUACUUGCUGGACAGCCCUUCCCUGCGGCUGGACACCCCCAUCUUCGUCACCUUCUACCAGUGCCUGGUGACCAUGCUGCUGUGCAAGGGCCUCAGCACACUGGCCACCUGCUGCCCUGGUGCCGUGGACUUCCCCAGCCUGCGCCUGGACCUCAGGGUGGCCCGCAGCGUCCUGCCCCUCUCGGUGGUCUUCAUCGGCAUGAUCACCUUCAAUAACCUCUGCCUCAAGUACGUCGGUGUGGCCUUCUACAAUGUGGGCCGCUCGCUCACCACCGUCUUCAACGUGCUGCUCUCCUACCUGUUGCUCAAGCAGACCACCUCCUUCUAUGCCCUGCUCACCUGUGGCAUCAUCAUCGGGGGCUUCUGGCUUGGUGUGGACCAGGAGGAGGCAGAGGGCACCCUGUCGUGGCUGGGCACUGUCUUUGGUGUGCUGGCCAGCCUCUGCGUCUCGCUGAACGCCAUCUACACCAAGAAGGUGCUCCCGGCGGUGGACGGCAGCAUCUGGCGCCUGACCUUCUACAACAACGCCAACGCCUGCAUCCUCUUCCUGCCUCUGCUCCUGCUGCUCGGGGAGCUACAGGCCCUGCGUGACUUUGCCCAGCUGGGCAGUGCCCACUUCUGGGGGAUGAUGACACUGGGCGGCCUGUUUGGCUUCGCCAUCGGCUAUGUGACAGGACUGCAGAUCAAGUUCACCAGUCCCCUGACCCACAACGUGUCGGGCACGGCCAAGGCCUGUGCCCAGACAGUGCUGGCCGUGCUCUACUACGAGGAGACCAAGAGCUUCCUCUGGUGGACGAGCAACAUGAUGGUGCUGGGCGGCUCCUCCGCCUACACCUGGGUCAGGGGCUGGGAGAUGAAGAAGACUCCAGAGGAGCCCAGCCCCAAAGAGGGCGAGAAGAGCGCCAUGGGGGUGUGAGCUCCGCAGGCACCCUGGAUGGCCCAGCCCCAGGCCCGUACGCAGGCAGAGCCAGCACAGCCGCGAAGGCGGUCUCCCAGACCCUAGGUGCUGUGGUGUGGACUGGGUGCUACUUACAGACCCAAUUCAGAAUACGGUGGUUGAGAAGGAACCAGCGUUUACAAAUAAUAUCAGAAAGUUGCCAAACCCAUCUCUACCCUCUCCUAUUUCUGAGCUUUUGUUCUUCCCAAGGGAGCAGCUACUGAGAGAUGAACCCCUUCACACCACCUCCAGGGCCUGUCUCCCCCACAUCACGCUGAGGACGGGGAGGGGCAAUGACCUUGAAGGGCCAGCAAGGGCAGUGUACUCAAGGGAGAGGGGGUGUGGCCCCGCCACAGCCACCUGGACAGGGUUGGGAAACCUUCCAUCUGCAGUGGGCAGGCAGCCUCGCUCUGGGCCCACAAAGCAGCCUUCCUUUGGAGGAAAGUGUGGGCUGGACGGAAGGAGGAAAUGAGCGAGUUCCCUCUGAGACCAGUGGAUCACCAGCAGCUGCUGGGCAGUGGCCUGGAACGGGGUGGAUCAUGAGAGAGUGCCCAUCUGCACCCUGUAUGUCCAGCUUUUGAGCACGAGGGAACCACGAUUCUCUUAAGAGAUUACGCAGGGUCAUUUAGCAUCCUCCCCCAGUCCCUGACACCACAUUUACCUGCGUGGCUCCCCUGGCCCUGAGUGGCACCUGGCCCCCUGGUCUCCCAGCAGCUGGCUCAGGUAAUAGCCUUCUGAAAGCAGAGCCAGGGGUCCGCUUCUCUUUUCUCCUAGUUCUGCCUGCCCCAAAGCCUUCCUCCCCAGGUGAGGCUGAUGAAGCAAGGGUCCAGAUUAAGAGCCUUGCACCCCAGCUGUGCCAGGCACCCCCACAUUUCUGCAGGGGAGGUGUCAUAGCCUGGUUCUGAGCCGCUUGCCUCGUGAAGGUAAGAGGCUAACCUUUACGUUCGUGCUGACAGAGCCUGCCUGGCCCCACUCGUAGUCCAGCGGGCUCCUAUAACAAAAUGGCAUAAGUCAGUCGGGUGGGCUUCUGAACAACAGAAUCGUAUUGCUCACGGUUCUGGGGGCUAGGGACGUCCACAAUCAAGGGGCCAGCAGAUUGGGAGUCUGCGGAGGGCUAUUUCCGGAUCCAUAGAUGGUACCUUCUUGCUGUAUCCUCACAUGGUAGAAGGAAAAAUAAGCAAGCUCCCUCCUGCCUCUUUAAAAGGACACAAAUCCCAUUCAUGAGGGCUCCACCCCUGUGACCCAGUCAGCUCCAAAGGCUCCACCUCCUAAUGCCAUCGCCUUGUGGGUGAGGAUUCCAAUGUGAAUUUGCCGGUUGUUGGGGGGUGGGGGACCACAAAUGUUGGGACCACAGCACCCUUCACCACACCCUCCUACCCUCAGGGUGGCUUUCACUUCCCCACCCUUCUGGUGGGCAUUUUGUACGUCCUUUCUGUUGGGGUGAUUUCUGAUGUUUUUAGGUCCUGUAGUGAAAAGCUGGGGAGAGUCUUCUCCCCACUCCGGUCCCCGCACAAUCCCAGGUGGAUUCUAAUGCAGCUGCUGGGGCCUGAUGCCCUGCAUUGUUUUUGAUUCAAUAAAGAAUCCCUGAGCUCCUG